AUGAUCUUCUCAGUCAAAGCUUCCUGUCUGCUCCUUUAUGCUGCCUUUUUUAUGGCAUCCGCUGCCUCGACCAAUCCUCCCUCAACCUUGGGUGUCUACAAGGUAAUCGAACCUCUUUCGACCGAUGCCAAUAUCCGAAUGGCCGUCCAGAUUGAGGGGGAUCGUCAGGUUUAUUCAAUCCCACCCUCUACUAUCGACAGCAUUUUGCAUGUUGGAAGCGCUCCAACUCAAAAAAAGUAUCGAUACCUCAAGAUCCACAACAACGGCACCGUGGUUGACCGCGAAUCCUUCCAGCGGGCACCAAACGCCGUUUCUAAUAACGAUUUCUAUGGCCGUCAACAGACAUUUUCUAGUCAACAAAGCAUGAUUCCAUCAGUAUUCCCCGAUGGAAAGACCUACUACAGACUAGACACCUCAAUUGCUCACCCAAUCAAUGAAAUUCCUACUAUUCAUGUUCAAGCUCCUCAUGGUGAUCUCGAAUCGCUUCACGACAACUAUCUUGAUCCUAUUGCGAUUAACGUCAACAUGUCGCACAUCAGGCAAUUUUCAAAUGUCAAAUUCCAAUUGGGCGGUCAGACCUCGCGUCUUUUCGAUAAAUUUUCCUACAACUUCCACUUUUCCAAACACGACGAUUCUUCACUUGGUGGCUAUCGUCGUUUCAAAUUGCGUUCAUGCACAACGGAUCCUUCUUUUAUCCGAGAAAAACUGUACUACGAUAUACUUGAUUCGUCUUCCUUGCCAGCCUCCAAAGCAUCUUAUGUUAGAUUGUUUGUAAACAAGAAACCAAUGGGCCUCUAUCUGUUUAUCGACAACUACAAGAGCCCAUUUGUCGAUAAUUUGCUUAAUGGCGGUAACAACGAAAAGCACGGAAUCCUUUACCAAGGCAGCAUGCCAGAGAAUCCAAUGGCUCCCGGAAUUCUUGGUCGCGGUGCCAAUCUUGAAUACGCUGGAUCUAACAUCGAAGAUUACUUCUACAAAGACACCUCAGCCUACAAACUAUCAGAAGAUGGUUCCAAGAAACAAAAAGGUUUCGAGCCCUUGGUCAAGCUUAUCAAGUUUAUCCAUGAUCCUCAACCAGAUGAAGAUGAAAAGGAAGGCGUCCUCAAUCAAGGCGAAACUCCUCUUGAACGUGCUUGGAACAAACGAAUUGACAUUGAUGUCUUUUUGAAAAAUAUGGCAUUUGAAGUCCUUAUGGGCCACGUGGAUGGGUAUUUGGGACAGGCACACAACUAUUUCCUAUACCGUGAGCCGGGUACCAAGAAGUUCUUGUGGAUGACGGCAGACCUGGACCAGACUAUGGGAAGCUCCAUGAUCCCAGUCCGUGACGCCAGGUCAAUUUCCCUGAAUGACCAGAGGGGACAUAUCGAUCGCUUUGACCUCAUGAACAAGCAUCAUAACCGUCCAAUCCUUAAGCAGGUCCUCAGUGUCCCAGCGUUCAACCAGAGGUUUGACACGAUCCUCAAGACGGUUCACCAGAACCUCUUCACAAACCCUGCGUUGUUCAAGCACAUCGAUUUCUUGACAGCGCUCAUCAAAGAAGACGUUGCUUGGGACUCAAAUAUACGCCAUACGCACGCUCAGGCCGUGUCCCACAACGCCACGAGCGCCAAGAAAAAGAAGGAUCAGAUCCAAGAGAAGAUCCUCCAAUUGCCACUUGGCCAUGAUUUCCUUUCACGCAUUGGAAACAUUAACUUUAUGUCGGCCAUCGAAGGACCAAUCAGAAACCACCCUUCGUUAAUGCCACUUAAAGAGUGGCUAAAUGAAACUAAAGAGGCAUUGCAUAACUAUGUCAAUAGUGUUUAA